CUACAGCAGCGCCCACAGCCCAUGGAGCCCCGGCCGCUGCUCCUGCUCCUUGGCCUCUGCUCAGCUGGCCUCGUCCUGAGCUCUGAACAUGAGACCCGUCUGGUGGCAAAGCUAUUUAAAGACUAUAGCAGUGUGGUACGGCCAGUGGAGGACCACCGCCAGGCUGUGGAGGUCACCGUGGGCCUGCAGCUGAUACAGCUCAUCAGCGUGGAUGAAGUAAAUCAGAUUGUGACAACCAAUGUGCGUCUGAAACAGCAAUGGGUGGAUUACAAUCUAAAAUGGAAUCCAGAUGACUACGGUGGUGUGAAAAAAAUUCACAUUCCCUCAGAAAAGAUCUGGCGGCCAGACUUCGUUCUCUACAACAAUGCAAAUGGUGACUUUGCCAUUGUCAAGUUCACCAAAGUGCUGCUGGACUACACAGGCCAUAUCACGUGGACACCUCCAGCCAUCUUUAAAAGCUACUGUGAGAUCAUUGUCACCCACUUUCCUUUUGAUGAGCAGAACUGCAGCAUGAAGCUGGGCACCUGGUCCUAUGAUGGCUCUGUGGUGACAAUCAACCCGGAAAGUGACCAGCCAGAUCUGAGCAACUUCAUGGAGAGUGGAGAAUGGGUGAUCAAGGAGGCCCGGGGCUGGAAGCACUGGGUGUUCUAUUCCUGCUGCCCCACCACCCCAUACCUAGACAUCACCUACCACUUCGUCAUGCAGCGCCUGCCUCUCUACUUCAUUGUCAACGUCAUCAUUCCCUGCCUGCUCUUCUCCUUCCUAACCAGUCUGGUGUUCUACCUGCCCACAGACUCAGGGGAGAAGAUGACGCUGAGUAUCUCCGUCUUACUGUCCUUGACUGUGUUCCUCCUGGUCAUUGUGGAGCUUAUCCCCUCCACCUCCAGUGCCGUGCCCUUGAUUGGGAAAUACAUGUUGUUCACCAUGGUGUUCGUCAUCGCGUCCAUCAUCAUCACCGUCAUUGUCAUCAACACACACCACCGCUCUCCCAGCACCCACAUCAUGCCCGAGUGGGUGCGGAAGGUUUUUAUCGACACUAUCCCGAAUGUCAUGUUUUUCUCCACAAUGAAAAGACCAUCGAGAGACAAACAAGAGAAAAAAAUUUUCACCGAAGACAUCGAUAUUUCUGACAUUUCUGGGAAGCCUGGGCCUCCACCUAUGGGCUUCCAUUCUCCACUGAUCAAACACCCUGAGGUGAAAAGUGCCAUUGAAGGUGUCAAAUACAUCGCAGAGACCAUGAAGUCAGACCAAGAGUCCAAUAAUGCCUCUGAGGAGUGGAAGUAUGUCGCAAUGGUAAUGGACCACAUUCUCCUUGGAGUCUUCAUGCUCGUCUGUCUCAUUGGAACCCUGGCUGUGUUUGCAGGCCGGCUCAUUGAACUGAAUCAGCAAGGAUGAGUAGAAGUGGAGCCUAAGC